AUGUCCAUCGUCGACGGCAAGUAUAUCAAAGCGUCGUUUGCAGCGCCUUACGUUGCCCACGUCGAGCUUAGCAGGAUGUGGACGGAAUACGGAGAGAUAUUUGACAAGAUCAGCCGAAACCCCGAUGUUAUCGUGGUGGUCCUUUCCUCGAGCCUCCCGAAACUUUUCACCGCCGGCCUUGACAUGAACGCCCUGGAUGCCUUCGCGCGCUUUGAAACCGAACCCGCGAGGCGCGCACUCCAGCUGCGCUCCUUCAUCCUCGCUUUCCAGAACGCCAUCAGCGCGACCGAGCGCUGCCCGUACCCCGUCAUCGCCGCCGUGCACGGCGGGUGCAUCGGCCUGGGGAUCGACAUCAUCUCCGCGUGCGACAUUCGGUACGGGUCCAGCGACUCCUCCUACUCCAUCAAGGAAGUCGACGUGGGCCUGGCUGCCGACAUCGGCACGCUCGCGCGCAUCGGCAAGAUCACGGGCAACCACUCGCUUUCAGUCGAGCUCGCACUCACUGCGCGCACCUUCUCCGCUCCCGAAGCCCUUGCACUUGGACUCCUCUCCCGCGUUGUGGAUGGCGGGCGGGACGCGGUGAUACGUGCCGCCAUAGAUCUAGCUCAAGAGAUCGCGGGGAAGAGCCCCGUGGCGGUAGUGGGCACGAAGAGGCUGAUGUUGCAUGCAAGGGAUAAUACCGUGCAGGAUAACUUGGAGUACACGGCGACGUGGAAUGGUGUUAUGGUGCAAGCACCGGAUAUGCGGGAUACGAUGGUGGGCAUGAAGAGCAAGACAAAGCCGCAGUAUGCUCCGCUAGUAACGAAACGCGGGGCCAAGCUGUAG